AUGGAGAACUUCGCUCGGGUUCCCACACGCCUCCGCUCGACUUUUUCCGUGUCACUCCGCCGGAGCGACGCCUCCUCUCGGCUCUUUCCGCCACACUUCGCCACUUUCCGCGCCCCCAUCGGACGGGCUCGACACCGCCGCUGGAACUGCAGCUCGUCUCCCUCUUUCUCCGUGUUGUUGUCCGCGGUGACGCGACGGAGGUGUUGCCUGACGCGGGCUCUUACGUGUCGGCCUGAAUAAAAGUGGAGCUUGGAGGGCCCCGGAGUGACGGAGGAGACGGUGCCGCUAACUAGAUGACCAUGGAAUCAGGCACAGACGCUCAGCAGAGCGGCGACUCUGCUGUCCCUGAGUCUGAGAGCCAGCACUUGGCCCAGGCGCAGAUCGCGACGCUCGCUCAGGUGUCCGUGCCAGCCGGCCACGUCACGUCCAGUGGCCCGACGGUGACCCUUGUGCAACUGCCCAACGGGCAGACGGUGCAGGUGCACGGUGUCAUCCAGGCUGCCCAGCCCUCCGUCAUCCAGUCUCCCCAAGUGCAAGCCGUCCAGAUCUCCACUAUUGCGGAGAGCGAGGACUCACAGGAGUCAGUGGACAGUGUGACUGACUCGCAGAAGCGCAGGGAGAUCUUGUCCAGGCGGCCCUCCUACAGAAAGAUCCUCAACGACCUGUCAUCAGAUGCCCCCGGGGUCCCGCGAAUAGAGGAAGAGAAAUCUGAGGAAGACUCCGCCCCGGCCAUUGCCACGGUCACUGUGCCGACACCCAUCUACCAGACGAGCAGCGGCCAGUACAUUGCCAUUACUCAGGGUGGGGCGAUCCAGCUAGCCAACAAUGGCACGGACGGCGUGCAAGGGCUGCAGACUUUGACCAUGACCAACGCAGCGGCCGCCCAGCCGGGUACCACCAUUCUGCAGUACGCACAGACCACUGACGGUCAGCAGAUUCUGGUGCCUAGCAACCAGGUGGUGGUGCAAGCCGCCUCUGGGGACGUCCAGGCUUACCAGAUCCGCACGGCGCCGAGCAGCACCAUCACUCCCAGUGUGGUGAUGGCCUCCUCCCCAGCGCUUCCCACCCAGGGGGCUGCCGAGGAAGCCACGCGCAAGAGGGAGGUCCGCCUUAUGAAAAACAGGGAGGCAGCGCGGGAAUGUCGCAGGAAGAAGAAGGAGUACGUGAAAUGCCUGGAGAACCGUGUGGCCGUGUUGGAAAACCAGAACAAAACCCUGAUUGAGGAACUGAAGGCACUUAAAGACCUGUACUGCCAUAAGUCCGAAUAAUUCCCCUCUCCCAUCAGCUGUACGGACCCCUUUUUUUCUAUGUUUUUUAAUGCUAAAACGGACUAUGUCAAGAAAUGAGCGUAAAAAUUACAAGGUCUCAUGCCCUCCUUCUCGAUGGUGACCUUAAAGAGAAAACAAAAGAAUAAGUCCUUCCGAGUCAGUGGCGGGGGUCAGUCUUGUGCUUUACUUACUGGGAGCUGCUAGAACUGUAGGCCCCGUUUCCUGCCAGCGCGUUCCUCCUACUUGGACAGACAGAGGCAAUGAGCCCUAGACACCCCCACAUGAGAUCCGAGGGCUUCGGGCAGGGCUCCGCAACGCUCGCUCCAGCCCAAGGCUCGAAAGACGCGUUAGUGUCAGGACUAGGAGGGGGCGUCACACUUUGGGUCACUCGGCGCUCGUUGUUCAGGUCUAUAGAUAGCAUACCAUCUGCUGAGCCCUUUAAGUUUUCAUGUUUGUAAUGAAGAGAAACCAGAGUCGGUUACAUCUCAGAUUUAAGUAUCUUUACAUUUUUGUACCUUGUUAAGGUAUGGCUUAAGAAAAGGUUCGUAAUCCUGUAAAGAAGAGAGGAGUUCUGUAAGGGUAGCGCCAGCUCUCGCCCCAUUAGCCCACUGAACGUUGGCCUUUGUUUGCACGUGUGUGUGUGUGUGUGUGUGUGUAUGUGUGUGUGUUUGUAAAAGCACUUAACCUGGCUCCCGCAGGAGGAAUGUACGAUGGAGCAGGUUCUCGCUGUUCGGGAUCACCCGCAGAUGAUGACGCCACAGCGGUCCCUCCCGUUACACUGUCACAGCCCACAAAGAGUGGAUCGGUGACACAGCGCACUGCUGUUGGCCUGCAAACCGCUCCGUUGGUUGGGCCUCUGAUAGACUACAGAUAUCCGUGUAUUGUGCGAAAUGUGCUGCCAGGAAAACAAAUCCGUGUAAAUCUGGAUCUUUAGGGCAUGUGCAUGCGGGAUAGGGUAAAGUACCAAAUUACUUGCUUUUCUGGCCCUGCAAUGUUAUCAUUUCAGUACUGUCCUUGUGUCCUGUAGCACUGCAGAUCUAUUAUGAAAACAAGCAAGAUUUCACUUUGUUGUGUUUCGUUCAUGUAUGGAUACCAGAAUGAAAUAUUGUAUUAAUAUUUCUGUUCGUAGGAAGUAUUUGCAUAGCGCCAAGGAUCCCUGUUUAGAUUUUGCUACAUGGUGGAUUUUGUUUUGGCAUUUUUUGGUUCAUUUGUUCAUAUUUUGUUACAUCAUAACGAGUCUGGGAUUCAUUUAUUUCCUUAAAUCCACUUUUUAUGUUAUUACCUUAUUAUUACAUUUUUGGCAGCUAUGAGGAGAAAGAAGCCUUUGAGAAAAUUAUAUUCCUCAUUGGUGUUGCAUUAUCUCUCUACGAUGCCAGGAACAUUUUUGCCAUCACUAUUUGUGACUUUUUGUUAUUCUUUAUUUUCUAGUUACAUACAAUGCAAAAUGUCAGUUUAUAUGGAAUAAUAUACUAUGAACAAGGCAGUGAAGAAUUUAUUAUCCACUCCUGUUUAACACCAUGGUAAGUCUAAUUCUUUACCAGCCGCAUCAUGAACAAACAAUAAAUCAGAACUUUUGUGUAUAUUGGGUGUAGAGAGAGCACAUGGAGCUAUUUACUGUUGCAUGUUUUGUUUAUAAUUAACAACAAGUGGUUAUUAAUGGUUCAUUUUGGUCAGUUUUAUUUUGAUAUGCUACAGAUGUUCUGAAAAUAUCAGGGUAUUAAAUAACGUUGUUAUUACUGGUAGAUUCUGUCAAACAAGCAGUUGUUUUUGGGACAAGGUACAGUACAAAGGAUUUGAAUGCACAUCUCUUCAGAAUAUGAAUGUCCAAACCCAUUUCAGGAAAUCUGAAAAAAAAAAAUUCUGCCAGUUUAUACAAAUACUUUAUCUGACCUGUGAAAUUUAUUGUUCCUUUUACCUGUCAAAACAGGUAAAGAGGGAGGGUGGAGUAUGGUGGGAAAAAAUAUGCAGUUUUAAAUUUUUAAUGGGAUAUUGAGAACGCUGAUGCAAUAUUGCUUAGCUGGCUAUAUUUUUAUACUUAAAGGACUGUGUAAGAUGUACAACAUUCAUAUUUGUGGCUAGUAUUUAAAAAUGAUAGAAAAUUGCGGCUGACUGCAGGUUGCGGUCAGAGUUUAGUCUUUUAACUCCGUUUUCUCAGAUUCAGCUCCCAAUGUGAAUGGGAGCUCCAGACUGGACACAGUGGGUGGUCGUGUGAGCGGUGUUUCAGGUGGUCACUCACACACCUCACAUCCCCACCGAAUGAUCUGUUGUGUCUGCUUCUCCACCUGCCAUUUAACAUGUGUGGCUCUCAGGCAGGAGCUUUCAAUUGAGACAUGAACAUCACCACGUUGAAGGGCCCUUACUGCCGUGCCCUUGAGCAAUAUGAUUGCGCUAAAUUGCUUCACUAAAACAUUUAUCUGUAUUAAUGCAUAUUAUGUUAAGUCACUUUAGGUAAACAGUAAAAUAAUAUUAGGCAACCAAUUUCGCAUACGUUCUCCUUCACCAACGGAAAGUUUUUCGAUGUGUUUUCAAGCCAGUUAUAUUUCUAUGUGACUUACAAAAACGAUCAGAUGUGCCUCUAUGGCCAGAUUACCACCGUAUA